AUGGGUAUUCAAAUGAAAUACGUCGGUGUGUCAUACACACAUUGGAAAGAGUCCGCGGGGACUGGAGUCAACCAAAGAACAGAAAGCUACACCACGAAUCAUGAAUACUUCAAACAGGAGAUCACUCUGCUAGGUGCAGAAACAGACCGAAUCACGCUGACUGCCGGGGAGCAUCGAUUUACCUUCCAGUUCCAGAUCCCAAAUAUGACUCUGCCUCCGCCAUUUGAAGAUUCUUAUGGGCAUGUGAGGUACUACGUCAAGGUUACCAUCGACCGACCGGGUAAAUUUGACCAUCACACUAUGAGGAUAUUCAGCAUCUGCAGUGUGAAGGAUCUGAACUACGAGUUAAAUGUAUUGGUUCCUGCUAUUCGCCAAGUUGAGAAGACAGUAUGCUGUCUUUGCUGUACUUCACGACCUAUUUUUCUAAAAGGAAUGAUUGACAAGAGAGGGUAUGUAUCAGGAGAGUACAUCUUUGUUUCAUUGGAUCUUCACAACAACAGUUCUAGGAGGAUCAUUGACAUCACUGCAAAACUGCAACAGAGUGCACAUUUCACUGCCCAAUGCCACGACACCGGCAUAACUCACCACAGGCAGUCGGUCAAGACAGUGGCUGAACUGAAGCUAGCUGGGUGUGAAGCCAUGGGGUCAGUGAACUACGACAGGGUGAAGAUGUUGAUCCCUCCUAUCCCUCCCUGCGCUUACGAGAACUGUCCAAACAUUCAAGUAGAGUAUUAUGUUGAGAUUAAGGGAGAUGUUUCUGGAACACCUAAGAAUGCUCAUGUGAAUCUUCCAGUUGGGAUUGGCACAAUUCCAGCCUUCCAGCACAUCCUAAAGGAUCCUUCUCAAAACCCAUUUGCGGUGCAAUCAAUACCAUGUCAGCAUGGGACACCAACAGGAGCGCAGCCAGGAUUUCCUCAAGAGGGGCAACAUGGAUAUUCUCAACCAGGACAACCUGAAGCACCCCCUUUGGGACAAGAGUAUCACCCACCUGGCCAUCCUGGGGCAUCCCCACCAAGGCAACCGGGAUACUCUACACAGGGGCAGCAGGACUAUCCUUCACCAGGACAACCUGGAGAACCCCCACCGGGACAAGGGUAUCCCCCAACUGGCCAGUCUAGGGCACCCCAAAGGCGACAGGGAUACUCUCUACCCGAACAUCCAGGAUUGCCCCCACAGGGGCAACAUGGCUAUCCCCCACCAGGACAACCUGGAGCACCCCAAACUGGCCAGCCUGGAGCACCUCCACCAAGGCUGCAGGGAUACCCUCCACAGGGGCAACAGGGCUACCCCCCACCAGGACAACCUGGAACAACCCCACCUGGCCAGCCUGGGGCAUCCCCACCAGGGCGACCGGGAUACCCUCCACAAGGGCAACAUGGCUUUCCCCCACCAGGACAACCUGGAACACCCCCAACUGGCCAGCCUGGAGCACCUCCACCAAGGUGGCAGGGAUACCCUCCACAGGGGCAACAGGGCUAUCCCCCACCAGGACAACCUGGAGCACCCCCACCUGGCCAGCCUGGGGCAUCCCCACCAGGGCAGCCAGGAUUCCCUCCAGAGGGGCAACAGAGAUACCCUCUACAGGGGCAACAUGGCUAUCCCCCACCAGAACAGCCUGGAGCGCCCCCACUGGGACAAGAGUAUCCCCCACAUGGCCAACGUGUGUCAUCCCCACCAGGGCAACCGGGAUACCCUCCACAUGGGCAACAGGGCUAUCUGCCACCAGGACAACCUGGAACACCUCCACCGCCACAAGGGUAUCCCCAACCUGGCCAGCCCAGGACACCCUACCAAGGCAUCAGGGAUACCAUCCACCCGGACAUCCAAGAUUGCCUCUACCAGGGGCUGGGCCAUCUGGAUACCCCCCACUAGGAGGAAUAUCUGGUG